AUGAGCUGUCAGUUGUCUGACCACCAGGUGCCGUCAGAUAUGUUAUUUUGCUCUGAAUCACCACUAAAUGGGAUAAGGGAUGCGAAAAGGCCCUUGUAUCCAACGUUCUUUGAUGAUAUUGCGGCACGUUUGCUUCCAGUCAUCCCCCUAAUAAUCUAUAGACUUAUUGAAAACGAUGCCAUAGAUGCAGCUGAAAGAGUUCUGCUAUUGUAUUCUACGUUUCUUCAUUACUAUCCUCUAAAUUUUACAUUUGUUCGUGAUAUACUUGCAUAUUUCUAUGGUCAUCUUCCAGGAAAGCUAAUUCUUCCGAUACUUAAAGUACUUGAUAUUAAGAAGAUUCCAUUUUCUGAGUCAUUCCCUCAACAUAUCAAUUCAACAAAUGCUGCUGUGACUCCCCCAUUAGAUUACUUUGCAACUCUUUUGUUGGGUCUUGUAAAUAAUGUUAUCCCUCCUCUGAAUAAUAACUCAAAAAGUGGACCAUUGGGAGAUGCUUCAAAUAAUACAGUGCGUGCUCCACAUAAUAAAAAUCAAGCAACAUCUCAGUCUGGGCCAACAAAUGCUUCUGAAGGCCAGAAGGCAUUCUAUCAGAUGCAAGAUCCUGGCACAUAUACCCAGCUGAUUCUUGAAACAGCAGUCAUAGAAAUACUCUCUCUUCCUGUGUCUGCAUCGCAAAUUGUAUCAUCGCUUGUUCAAAUAAUUGUUCACAUACAACCAACGCUUAUCCAAUCUAGCAAUGGUCUACAUGGAGCUCCUAGUAGUGUUGGGCAAGGUUCUGUUUUGCCAACUUCUCCUUCAGGAGGAAGCAGUGAUUCCUUGGGUGCAAGCAGAUCAACUCCUUCGGUUUCAGGAAUAAACACUUCUAACUUUGUUUCUCGAAGUGGAUAUACAUGCCAGCAAUUGUCUUGUUUGCUGAUCCAAGCUUGUGGCCUCCUUUUGGCUCAGCUUCCUCCAGAGUUUCAUGUUCAAGUCUAUAUAGAGGCGUCACGUGUAAUAAAGGAGAGUUGGUGGCUUACUGAUGGGAAAAGGUCACUGGGAGAGCUAGACUCUGCUGUUGGGUAUGCUUUGUUGGAUCCAACUUGGGCUGCCCAGGACAACACCUCAACAGCUAUUGGUAAUAUUGUGGCCCUGCUACAUUCUUUCUUCAGUAACCUUCCACAGGAAUGGUUAGAAGGAACACAUCUCAUCAUCAAGCAUCUCAGGCCAGUAACAUCAGUUGCGGUGUUGAGAAUAGCAUUUCGUAUUAUGGGUCCGUUGCUACCGAGGUUGGCUAAUGCUCAUGGUCUGUUCAAUAAGGAAACUGUACAAGUUUUAUUCGUUGAGAUAGAUGAGGGAGGUAAUAUUGUGGCCCUGCUACAUUCUUUCUUCAGUAACCUUCCACAGGAAUGGUUAGAAGGAACACAUCUCAUCAUCAAGCAUCUCAGGCCAGUAACAUCAGUUGCGGUGUUGAGAAUAGCAUUUCGUAUUAUGGGUCCGUUGCUACCGAGGUUGGCUAAUGCUCAUGGUCUGUUCAAUAAGCUAAAGUCAAUGCCCUCACUGUGGAGGUGA